GACACCAUAUUUUCGUGGCUGACAAUUAUUGUCGAAACUUUUGGCGCCAACUUUCGAGUAAGCUUAAUUCGAUUGAAACUCAACCACUGCUCCAAAAGGGAGACUCCAAGAAAAACAUGAAGAAGGAAUCGAAAGGUGGAAAAUCAGAAAUGAGUUUUAACAAGAAUUCAAUUAGGCCAGUUGGGCAACGCUCCAUCACUUCUACGUUUCUCUUCCGCGCUUCCAAUCGGUCGAAUGAUUGUGAACAAAAUGCGGGAAUCAAAGCUCCCAAUGGAAAGAGUUCACGCAUCUCGCUCUCCGAUUUUCUCAACUCGAAGCUGCACCGGAGUUCUGUGUUGCCCACUUCAGUUGAGGGGAAAGAGAUACCGUCUUCGUCUCCAUCAAGGAGUGUGAAAGCAGAAAGUGGGAUAAAUGACGGAAGAGAAGCAAAGGCGAAGUCUUCAAAUAAUGGUGCUCUUGAUAUCAAUAUUUUCAAGAACAUUGAGAAGGCGGGUGAUAAUGAGUUCAGAAAUGCCUACUCAUCUAACGAAAUAGAGAUCAUCGAUGUUGAUGAUUUAGAGCAAAAGAGAAAGAGGAAAUGCCUGUUUGAAGAUCAUGAUGAUAAGCCAACUGGUCGAAAGCGGUUGGUAGUUCUUGGAGAUGAUUCAAAACCACUAGGAAGGUCAAGAAGGAAGAGUUUCACCUGUGAGGAAAGCAGACCUCUUUUCAAUCAUUAUGCGAAUGGAGGUGGUUGGUGGAACGAGAACAUGGCAGGCGUUGACAACGAAGAAGUUGGCUGCAGUGAUGCUUGGGAAGGAAUAGGCUGCACCACGCUCGGGGGCAUUGAAUGGCAUUAGAGGCUGAUGGUACGACUCCUCUCUGUUGCUCCUCAACUUGCUGUAUGAGCAGUCGUAGUUGUAGUUCUAGUAGCAGUAGCAGUAUUACUAUAUGUGAGACAUGUUUUGAAACUGAGUUGCAGAUUUUGCUCCACCAUGGAAAUAUUUAACUGUAGUUUCUCUCAGGUAUAUAUAUGAUCCUAUUCAGUUUCUUA